CAAUGGGCAAUAUAUUUCAACCAAGUAACUGCAGGUGGCAUCUUCUCCAUUCCUAAACCCUAGACAGAGCUCCCGCUGCCCUGAACUCUCCAGCGGCCAACGCAGUUUUGCCAAAUUACAACUCUGCUUCUGCUAGCUUCGCUCUUCUCUCUGUCUGUUCUUCGCGUUCGUCUCGCGUCUCCUCCUAAGGUUCGUGGGUCAACCCCUCGGAAACCUGCCAGCUCUUCGAUUUUGCUUUUAUUCGUUUGGUUUCCAGAAAAUGCAUGUACAGAGAGUCAUCGCAGCUUUGCAAUGGUUUAAACGGUUGAUGAACCUCCCGCUAGAGCUUCCUAGCCAUAUCAUUUCCGUUUCUUCGUUUUGAGUGUUUACAGCGAAUUCCACUUCAUCUUUGGCAUGAAAGCUGGGUGAAUUAGGUUACUUUGCGUCUCUGUUUUCUUUAGCAGUAAUUAGGUUAAUUUGUCAUCGUCUAAUUGAAGAGAAUCCCUGAUUUUGUCUGUGUAAUUUUGGUUUCAGUCAAGGCAGACUGCACCCUUUUCAUUGCAUAGGUUAUAUCUGGAGGGUAUAGAUUAUAUUAUGGGACUUGUCUUUGUUGUUUUUAAUGGAACCUGUAGUUUUUGAGGCUACGCAAUUGAAGCUUUACAUUUGGGAAAUGCAUAUGGUGCUCGGUUGCUGGAUCACUUUUGUGAUAGAUUGAAAUUUUAAGCUUAUAGGGCUUCAGCUUGUAUGAUGAUCUACUUAUAUACUUGAGAUAAAUGGCAAGUAGUAGAGUUUUUGCUUGGAUAACUGUUAAGUGUAGUGAUUUUACACUUUUUGAUCUUUUCUGCGUUUGAUCUAUCAAUGCAGUGCUGUUAAUAUGUAUACCGCUAAGCAGAAGAUUCACAAGGACAAAGAUGUGGAACCUUCCGAGUUUGAGGAGACUGUUGCUCAGGCUUUCUUCGAUUUGGAGAAUAGCAACCAGGAACUGAAAAGUGAGAUGAAGGAUCUUUACAUCAACUCUGCAACCCAAAUCGAUGUCACUGGGAGCCGGAAGGCUGUUGUGAUUCAUGUUCCAUACAGGCUUAGGAAAGCCUUUCGAAAGGUUCACCUUCGACUUGUGAGAGAGCUCGAGAAGAAGCUCAGUGGGAAGGAUGUCAUUUUGAUUGCGACCAGGAGGAUAGUAAGGCCACCCAAGAAGGGUUCAGCUGCUCAAAGACCACGCAGCCGCACGCUCACCGCUGUGCAUGAAGCUAUGCUGGAGGACAUUGUGAUGCCCGCUGAGAUCAUUGGGAAACGCACCAGAUACCGCCUUGAUGGAUCCAAGAUCAUGAAGGUAUACCUGGACCCAAAGGAAAAGAACAGCACCGAAUUCAAGCUAGAGGCCUUCUCCAAGGUUUACCGAAAGCUUACCGGCAAGGAUGUCGUCUUUGAGUACCCUGUUACUGCUGAGGCAUGAGGAGGUUAUAGCUAGCUAGCUAAGCUCUUUUGUUCGUUCGGGAAUUGCCACCGUAUAUUAAGACUUCCUCUUUUGAGGAUAUGGAACUUCUGUUUUUUCUGCUAUUUAUCGCCGAUUCUGUGUGUUCAUGUUUACAUCGUUCAUGAGACUCUCUAUGAUGGUUGUUGACAGAAUGAUCUUUGUGUUAAGUUCCUGUCGAACGACUGGCUUAGCACCUUUGGACAGCGCUGCCAUGUUAACCCAAGCUGUUGCGAGGAGGUAAGAACCGAAUGGUUCAGUAGUGAAAGACUGAAAGAUAUCAUAGGAUCGAAUCAAUUGUGCAUGCGGUUCAGAUUGGGUCGAUCCAAAUAUCAAUUCGGUAUCAAGGAUCGGUUGUGUGCGUUCAGGUAUGGAUCAAUCUGUUUCAUGCCCCCUAGUUGUGAGUUGGGACAUGGAUCUGGUAGUUUAUGUGUUGGAUUACACUUUUGGUUCGACUCCCUGAAACCAAAUCAGCGAAGUAUAGAUGGUGGACCAAAGGAGUCUUGUAGCCAGAAAUGUUGGGAGGAAAUGUGAGCAGAAGUGCACGUGAGCCAGUUGUAAAUAGCACUCGACAGAUCAGAAAAGGUGGAGGAGGGGAUGAUGCUUUGCUCUUCAGCUAUAAGCUCCAUUUCCUCUUGAUUGAUCCCUCUGCUAGGGCCAAAAGGUGCCAAUGCCCAAUACAGCUCACAAUACCACCAUAGCUAUGGGAGGAGAGAUUCAAUUCUUUUUUUAUUUAUUUAUUUUAUCGUUUAGUACGAGAGAAAUCUCGUCGGAAGUUAGAGUCUCGUCAGAACCCUGCAAUCUCCGUAAUUGGAGGUUUCGAUAGCCGAUAUUCCCGCAGCGUCAAGUCAUUGGAUCUUCUCCCCUAAUUUCUCUCUGUCGAAAACGUCUUCCUAACUGACGAUUUCGAUUGUCGAUAUUCUCACAACCUCGCAUCAUCGAAGCUUCGCCCCUAAUCUCCAUGCGACAACAGGAUGACGGCGGUUGUAAGGGGGACGUUGUAGAUUCCGGUUGAAAAGGUUCACAGUAAUCUAAUUACUAAGAAAAGAGUUUCGACGAAUGGUUAAAACAUGGCGUGAAGUAUUUGUGUUGUUUGGAGAUCGAACAAGGAAUCGACGGUUGGAUUGGAAUUCGGACGAGGUGGAAAUGGACCACCAUAUCAAGAAGGGAAGGUCUAACGUGCCAAUCAACACCACCCUACUACUAAGGUCUAACUAAAAAAAACAGAAUUGUUGUAUAGUGGUGGGAUGAUUUACCAACUCACUAAUCCAUCUCUCUAGCUAAGUGGGGCAAAAAAAGAAAAAAAAAUGUUUUUUUGACUUGGGUUGCACUCCACCAUCGACGUCUGGUCUCACAUGCUUAUAGGAACCAAGAGAAUAAUUGGACGUACGAAUGGAUCAUGUCUCGGCCCCAUUUCCAAUGAUUCACUUGACAAAAUACUUCAUUUUCAUGUGCUCUAUCUAACCACAAGUCGAGUUUUGUUCCCCCCGCAGAUGCUAAGGACCGUUUUACGACGGCUAUGUGGCUGUAAGCUAAUCGGUGUUACGGUGUUAACGUAUUGGGUUUAGAAUGUUCUAAUGUGCUCGGGAACCGUUGGAUCGCGCAUUUGCAAUCUACAUCUAUUGAAUUAUUGUUAGGACGUUCUAAUCUCAAUAGUCGUUCAAAACUGCGGUUUGAAUUCGUUGUGUGCCGCGUGUUGGCUAUAAUUAGAGGGCGGCAAAAUGAAUUGGAUUGGUGGAAUUAUGGAUCCAGCUGACAUCUAACCAGUGUACCAUUAUGAUUUUUUUUUUAAAGGUACUGGAUAUCAUCAUAAAAAUAUUUAUGUGCCAAAACAUCGUUUUCUAAUUAUAUUUUUCACUAGAAUUUAAAAUUUAUGGCACGUUUGCUUGUUGGAUUUGAAAAUGAGGGUUUUAGGUUCUAAAACCUUUGGAUUUAUGAUGGAUUUGUUGCAUUAUGGAUUUGGAAAAGCACAUUGUUUGUUUGGUUCAUUUUUAUCAUGAAUUUAUGAUUAAUUUGUCUCGCAACUUUGCCUUCCAUUAUCAAAUCUCAAGGCCUUGUUUGCUUAGGGCUCGUUUGCGUCGUGGAUUUGAAAAAUGAAGGUUUUGGUAUAACUUGGGUUUUGAAAAACCAUGAAUAUAUGAGGGUUUUAGGUUCAUUAUGGAUUUGAUAAACACCACUGUUUGUUUGAUGGAUUUCAUGAUGGAUUUUGUUAAUUAAAUUUGUAUGUAUGAAGUGUAAUUUACUUUUACUACCCUCAAUGAUAGAAGAAGAGAAAGCAAAUAUGAAGAGUAGGUUGGUAAAAAAUGAUGGACUUCAAAGUCCAUAAUCAAUUCCCAUCUAAAUAGGUGAAACUUUAAAGUCCGUGGGGUCCACGGAUUUGGUACCUUAAAAUUCGUGGGACCCACGGAUUUGUUUUUCCUAAAUGCAUGAAGCAAACAAUGGAUUUUGAACAAAGUCCAUGAUGGAUUUAAAUCCCUCACAAAAUCCAUCAUCAAAUCCAUCAAGCAACACAAGCCCUUAAUGGAUUUCAUCAUGGAUUUGGUACAUAAAAACCAAUCAUCAUGGACUUUGCACACAAUCCAUCGUUUGCUUGAAACGUGGGAUUUGCAAAUUCAUGGGGUCCACAUAUUUGAAUCUAAAAAAAUGGUCCAAAUUCGUGGCCUCCACGGAUUUGUGUCCCUUAGCAAACAAUGGAUUUGUGUCAAGCCCUUGAUGAUUGGGAUUCGGGUGCCAAAUCCAUCAAACAAAUCCCACAAGCAAACGAUACCUAGUUAUCAAUUUGUAAAAUAUACAAUAUAUAGGUAGUUAAUUGCAAUUUUACAUGAAUUAGCCAACUUAUCUGAAUUAAAUGAGUUGUAUUAAUUAAAAAUUUUUAGUGGACGAUUGAAUUUGAUUAUUGGAUUCGCCACCUCUAGCUAGGGGUAGGUAGAGCCGUAGCCCGUAGACGGGAAUAGUUCAUCACUCCAGCUACCGGAGCCGAUGCCCUCGCCGGCCUCCUGUUUCCGCUUAGAGCUUUGAAGCCACGCCUCGUGAUUACCAAUAAUGCCCUCACGGAGACGGCAGGGUUUUUUUUUUUUUGGCUUGCGCGGGAUGCACGCAAUGUCCUGGAGAUAAUAUUACUACAUCGGCAGCGUGAUCGUGAGCAAAAGCAAAAUCGAUGAAUGGAACCUCCCGUCGAGUCGGGUCGCGUGGGAGGUUAUUUUAUUUCUCCGAUCACCGGGCACCGCCGUCGGCCUUAAUUUUGGACGAAUAAAUUUAGCAUUAUUGA